CUUGUUCCACGAAGAAAGGGAAAGGAGAUAAAAGUCCGUGCUCGCGUCCCGUCUCCUUCCUCUCUGCUCUCUUAGCGCGUUAUCCACGCGAAGUUUCUUCGUCUUCGGUCAACCCCGUUCCCCCCCUUACCUUCUCUGCCAAUUUCUCCCACCCUCCCACCUCCUCUUCCCAUCUUCCACUCUCCCACGCGUUCCUUAGAAGAAUUCGAAGACGAAGCGUAGGAAGAAGUCUCCAAAAUCUCGACUUCCGGCUCUUUCGGUUUUUGAGAUCCCGAGAUCAUCCGACGGCGGCGGCGAUGCUGCGAUCGUGCUUCUGGCCGCUGGAGCGGUGCUUUGGGAGGCUUGGCGGCGGGGAUGGGCUCUUGUGGCACCUGGACCUCAAGCCCCACGCCACCGGCGACUUCUCGAUCGCCGUCGUCCAGGCCAACAACUCCCUCGAGGACCAGGGCCAGGUGUUCACAUCCCCCUCCGCCACCUACGUCGGCGUAUACGACGGCCACGGCGGCCCCGAGGCGUCCCGUUUCGUCAACAGCCACCUCUUCCCCUACCUCCACAAGUUCGCGACGGAGCAAGGGGGAUUGUCUGCGGACGUGAUAAAGAAGGCAUUCGACGCGACGGAGGAGGACUUCUUGCAUCUGGUGAAGCGAUCAUGGCUGUCGCGGCCCCAGAUCGCGUCGGUGGGGUCGUGCUGCCUCGUGGGGGCGAUCACGGACGAUACGAUCUACGUGGCGAACCUGGGGGACUCUCGGGCCGUGCUCGGCCGCCGGAGCACCAACGGAAGGGCGGUGGUCGCCGAGCGGCUGUCCACCGACCACAACGUCGCCGUAGAGGAGGUCCGGAAGGAGCUCGCCGCGCUCCACCCGGACGAUUCCCACAUCGUGGUACACAGCCGAGGGGUCUGGCGGAUUAAGGGGAUCAUUCAGGUAUCAAGGUCCAUUGGAGAUGUCUACCUGAAGAAACCCGAGUUCAGUAGGGACCCAUUAUUCCAGCAUUCUGUUUCUCCUAUUCCAUUGAAGCGAGCGGUUAUGACUGCAGAGCCAUCAAUCCAGACCCAUAAGCUUAAACCAAAUGACUUAUUUUUGAUAUUUGCAUCAGAUGGGCUCUGGGAGCAAUUAAGUGAUGAGGCUGCAGUUGAGAUAGUCUUCAAGAACCCAAGAGCAGGAAUAGCAAAGAGAUUAGUGAGAGCUGCCAUUAACGAGGCUGCAAGAAAAAGGGAAAUGAGAUACGAUGAUAUAAAACGGAUAGAGAAGGGAGUAAGGCGCCAUUUUCAUGAUGAUAUCACUGUUAUAGUGAUCUAUCUCGAUCAGCACCGGCAAGGUGGUCAAUCCAGAUUUAAUGUGAGGACUUACGACUGCACUAGCGCACCUGUCGAUGUAUUCUCUCUAAACUCUGAUGAAUCAGAAGACCCUCUUCGAUCGGUAGGUUCAAAACUGGACGUACAUGAUUCCUACAUACGUAUAUGAAAUGAGUUGUGUUGGAUGUCACUUGCCCUUAUAGCUGACACUAACAAAGGUGGUGAACAGAAGAGUUUUGAAUAAGAAUUUGAGAUGUGGUGUACAUAAUAAUGUUUGUUGAGCUUGUUGACAUGGAUAAAAUUUUUGGUGCUCAUUACAUUUUUUCCUUCUGUACAUCAAUUUUCUCUUAUAGUUUUUGAGAGGGUUCUUUCAUCGAAUGCAUUUGGAUUUGGUUGUCA